CCUGCUGUCCCAACCUUUGAGACGCCACUUGUUUCACAUGUGUAGCUACAGAAUGGAAGAUGACCUCCUGGCUUAUAUGAGAUUAUAUGAGUUGAGCAUGCAUUGGGAUGAAAAAUGACCAAGACAGUUUCAGUCCAGUGGAGAAGACAGUUUCAGGAAUAAAAAGGAAGCAAUGCAGAAAUCUGACUGCCAUGGAGGUGUACAGCUGAGAAACAGAGGAACAGUUAACUCUGAUCAAAGGACAUCAUCAAGUGCACAAAUAAAACAGAGGACUACAGUUCAACAAAGCAAAUACUCUUCAUCAAGCUGUUCUCCAGAAUCUGUAAAAAAACUUCAUCCUCGACCAAGUGAUAAACUUAACCCUAAAACCAUUAACCCGUUUGGUGAACAGCCACGAGCUCCUUCUGCUUUUGCUGCUAUUUACUCUAAAGGAGGUAUUCCUUGCAGAUUGGUGCAUGGUUCAGUAAAACACAGAUUACAGUGGGAAUGUCCUCCUGAAAAUCUUCCAUUUGAUCCUCUUCUUAUUACUUUAGCUGAGGGUCUGAGAGAGACUAAGCAUCCUUACACCUUUGUGUCAAAGGAGGGUUUUAGAGAGUUACUUUUGGUCAAAGGUGCUCCUGAAAAAACUGUGCCUUUGCUUCCUAGACUGGUUCCCGUGCUAAAGGCGGCUCUGGUGCAUUCAGAUGAUGAAGUGUUUGAAAGAGGAUUGAAUGCUCUGGUACAGUUAAGUGUCAUUGUUGGUCCUUCUCUAAACGACCAUCUGAAACAUCUGCUUACAAGUCUUUCCAAGAGGCUAAUGGACAAGAAAUUCAAAGAGCCAAUCACCAGUGCAUUACAGAAGCUAGAACAGCAUGGUGGAAGUGGAAGCCUCAUUAUUAUCAAAUCUAAAAUUCCAACAUAUUGUUCCAUCUGCUGUUAAAGAAGGGAGCCAACAUAAACCAUUGAACUUCCUGCUGAUGGGUAUUAAAUGCUGACCACAGGUACCCGUGGAACUCUUCUAGAUUCACUUCAGUUUGUGCUUUUGCAAAUCACAGCCACCAUUCAUUAUUGACUAGGUUAAAAUGAAUAUAUACAAUCCCACUGAAUCAUAGAACAAGUUUUUUAUCAUCAAGAAAGAACAGUUAAUGAUGGAAAGCUAUUAAAAGAAGUUCUAAAAUAGUGCAGUUUUUUUCAUAUAUUUGUGGUUUAUGUGAAGAACCAUAAUUGGAUUUAAAUGAUCAGAUGCACUUGUGUUUAUUUUCUAGUGCCUUUUAUUUAUAACCUGCGUUUUUCAAUCAAUUUGCAGCUGUACAUUUAUUUGUGUAGCUUUUGUGCCAUUAUUUCUUUGGUUUUAUAUUUAUCAAGGCUAUGGGAAUUUAAAGUGGUGCACGAACAUUUGUGAAUUCACUAUUAAUUAUUUGUAAAAAUGUAUUUUAUUAUAUUGAAUGCUUGGAACAAAUUUGUUUCCAGAUUAUUACAGCUUAAGAAGCUUUUUGUAAAUGUGUAAAUUCUCUUACAAGUAUGUUGUUUGUUACAAUUUGUUAAAACUACCUAAACUUUGUGUUAAUUGUAUUUAAGUAAAUGUUAUUUUUGUAUUUCAUAGCCUGAAAAUACUGCUGUACACAUGAAGAUACUCAGAAAUUAAAAUCUUAAAGCUCUUAUAUGUAUUCAGUGAUUUUGUUGUGCUUGCUUGUUUAUGUUUAGCCAAUUAGUUGGUUUUUUAUUUUAAAAAAAAACUUUCAAAACAUGAUUUAUAGACAUAGUUUUUAGAAUUUUGUUACAGCUGAAGCUGACUCUGGAUCAUCUGUCAAGUGAGAAGUAGUGGAAGAGAAAUAGAAAAUGAGGUUACGACCUAUCUGCUGGACAAGAAGAGAGGCUGGUAGAGACCUGAACAGUCACACCACUUCCACAGUGGACCAGUGCUUUUGAAGGGAUGGAAAUGAAGGACCAUUUUUUAUCUAGGAGCAGCAACAUUAUAUCCCAGAAGCACUGGAGAACACCCAUUCUGUGCUCCAUCCCUCAAACACCUCUACUAACUUCUUGGCAAUUCUCAUUUCAGAUACCCUCUCACAGCUGUAAUUUGGAAGAAUACAAGUAACUUCUGAAGAGUCAUAGUUGAAGAAAUGAGAAGAUGUUUUUCAGAGCUCUUGCCCUUCCUGGUCCUUCUGUCUACACUCUUGCCUCUGCUCUCUACCCUCUCAUCAUGUCCUCAUGACACACUAGCUAAGAGCUGCCUGCCCACUGGCCUUGCCUUUACUUUACUUCAUUGCACUUAACACCAGCCAAAGACAAAGAUCUAAGAUCUAGAAAAUGCCAUAAGAAAAAAGUAAUAUUUUUAAUGUAAAAAUUAAAAAAGUUGUUAGAAUAAAGACCUGUAACAUAGACAGUAGAGUUAUAAACAUUUUACUUGCUUUUAUUUUUCCUUUUUGAAAUACAAAAUGUGCACAUUGAGUUUACACAAACACGCGAUGGCAGAUUUCAGUGUACAUGUAUUGUACUACUCUUAAUUUCUACACUGGUGAUGGCAGGGCAGCUUUCAACAUCCUAUCUCUACACCAGAAUAGAUAUCUGAUUUAUUGUUGCAAAGACAGUUGCAAAUUUUCUCCUACUGUAGCCUCUUGGUCUUGGUGAUAGUUCUGCAAAACAGGGAAGAUUUGUGUAUCUUCAGUAUUGUUGUGGCAACUUUAUAGUAUUGGCUUAAGAUCAUUAAACAGAAUCUGAAUUGUUGGAGUUGUAUGAUGAGCUAAAUCAUAAGCAAUCCAGAUGAGUUGUUCAGCAUUUCUACUCAUUUUCUACUAAAUCUUGGUAUUGUGGUUCUCAGUAUAAUAGAUUGGAAUCACUUCUGCUUUUAAAGUGAAUUCUGCUUACUGUUUAUUCUUAUUAGGCUUUGGGUAGUCAAGGUUUCUUUGUCCUUCAGCUGCUUGUAAUAUAAACAUGCCAUGAGAAACUUGGAGAAAAGGUAUGGAACAGGCCUUUAAUGCUAUUAAAGGAUUCCUUGUUAAACCUUCCGUGUAUUGGAGGACAGAUAACCUGACCCUUUGCAUAUGCCUGUAAACACCCUUGCUUUAUUUCAUCCCUUCUUGGACUUCUGCUUAAUGACACGAUUGCAAACAGUCAUCCUGUAAGAUUGAUCAAGUCCAAAAUUAUAUAUCUUAUGUAGGCCUUGGCUGUAAUAUAUAUUAUGAAAAAUUAAGAGGUGCUUAUUAAAUAAGCUUUGUUAGACAUAUGCUGACAUCUGGUGACAACUAAUUUAAUGUUAUAAAAAAAUGCCAGCUAAAUUAACAUCUUUAACAGAAGAUGGCAAAUCCAUAGAAACUGGGACUGUGUAUUUUUUUUUUUCAAUUAAAUUAAUCUUGUUUACUUAAAGUAUAUAAAUGGGUUACAGCAUACAAACAUGAAAAUUAAUUUCUGGAAAUGAAAUGUGGAUGUCAGUAUUUUAGAAAAUCAUUUAAAAUCCUGGGGCUGAAUUCGUACAAAUGAGUAGCAAAAAACACAGCUAUUUUAAAAUCACCUUGAUAUGUGAAAGCCUCAAUAAUCUCAUAGCUGAAGAAUCAAUAAAACUAUAUGCCAGGUUCUAUUUCUUUUGAAUAUUCACAGGACAUGAAAUGACUUUUAGAACAUCCCAUGAAUUCAGUGGCAUUUUGAAAAGGAUGGAGAUUUAUAAUUGGAAAACUCUUUUGAGGAUUGCUUUAUAUUAAAACAAAGCUUGUUUGCAUAAUAUGCCUCAGUAUAAAGCUGAGCAAUCUAUGCUAAAAGUGGUAGCUCCAACUUUAAGUGUGGUAGUGUAGUUUCUGUUCAGUCGAGGAUCUAUUUGACAAAUUAAAUCACAUUUUCAAAGAGCUGCAUGGAGCGCAUUAUGUUUUCAUCCUGUAAGGGAAAAACAGAGGGAUUAAAUUCAGCAUAACUGCAAAAAGUACACUAUUUUGCCCUUAAGUACUGCCUUCCUCCCACCAACCAACUAUGCCACAUGCUCAGAUACAAAAUGUUUGCAAAUGAAAAUACUAUGCUACCCAUUUUCCACAUAGAUAACUGUAGAGAGUCCAUUUUAUGUUUUGUUGAGUCUACCAGACUUUAAAUGUUUUAUUUAAAUGUUACAUGGUGAUAUUAAAGAAUAUUUCUCAAAUCAUAUUGCCAGAGUGGAAACCAGAGAGAUGCAGGAUUUGUUGGGAAAAACCAUUGCCCAGUGUCUGUUCAGUUUGGCAUAUUCCUUAGAAACGAUGAAAGUGAACCAGCUUUGGGAAUUAUAGGGGCACUUGGUGAUUUAUGUGAAUGGCACCUAGUGAACUGUAUAGUAGUAGUAAAUGGUAGCCAAACUAAUAGUGGCUUCCACUUGUAGAAACCAAGGAACAACAUCAUGAUUAAGCACUUUGAUGUCAACAGGUUAAUUCAGAGACCACCUCAUCAAAAUACAAGUUGAGAAACAAGCAGUCAUCAGGAAAGGUGAAGAAAAACAGUAAAAAUAUAGAGAAACGCCAAAGCAGCAGCAAGCUUCUUUGUCUCCAUAACUAUUUUAAAAGCUCUUUCCUUGUGGUUCUAUCCACACAAGACGUGAAAUAUUUCUACAUAAGGUAUACUGGUCUCCCACCAGGUGAUGGGGGAACCUCCCAGAUUUCUCUAAAAUAAUUUUGUCCUCUUUGUGAUUGAAGAACAUUAUUGGGUAAAGCUGAGAAGCUAUUUCUUGUUUACAUAAACAAAAGGAAAGGUGUUUCUCUUAGAAGUCAGAUAUAAGCUUGGCCUCUGAUGCAUACUUGGCUGUACUGGAAUUCUAAUUCUAUGGAAGUAGAGAUAAUUUGCAUGUUAUAGGCUAACUCUGAGGAAAGAGCAAUUCAAGUAUCGUGUUUUGUCCUCAGUGAUGAAUACUGUCUACAGGAUAUAGGGAAUGAAAAACAGUGCAUGUGCAACUUUUGUAUCUCUGCGACUUCGCGCAUUGCCUGCUGCAGAGUCAGAAUCAGCACUCUGUAAAUGUUGAUUGAUUGACUGCCGGUAUUGGUGCACAUUUUCAGAGCGAUAGGCUUAUCUCAGCUAUGCAGAAGUGGUAAGUUUAGGCAUACGAGCUUUAUAUUUUGCACUGACGCUCAGUUCAUGUUGGCUUACUGGCAGUGCUCACAUCAGAGUGGCUAGCUGUUAUGAAAGCAAAAGGGAUAGAUCCUUUACUGUCAUUACUUACUUUUUGGCAACUUUCGAUGAACUCAUCUAUGGUAACCACCCCAUCUUUAUUUUUGUCCAUUUUCUAUUCAGGAAGAAAAAUAACAUCUUAUUCAGAUGUGUACCUCGAUAAUACACUCACACUUAAAACAAAUGAGCUGCAGUGGAUGCUAAGAAAGCCUGCCUGCUUGUUUUGUGGGGGGCGGAACUUCUUCAAAGCAUGAACUAGUAAUUUUUUUAGAGAUAAUCAUGUUGUACUACUUUUAGGCUGUUCCCUUCUGCAAUAUAAUGUGAAAAUCUAGUCACCCUGCACUAGGUAAAUUCCUGCAUCUACAGCCUUCUAGCUGUGAAAGUUCAGGCAAUUUGAUGAAUCUUUUGGAGCCUUGGUUUUCUCAUCUGUAAAGUGAGGAUUUAUAACCUCAGGGUUCUCGUGAGAAUUAUAUGGAUUUUUUUAAAAAGCAUAUGAAAAAUGAAUUGCUUAGUGUUCUGUUUAGGAUUCAGUGAGUGCUCAAUAAGCAUAGCUAUCAGUAUUAUUUAUAAAUUCAAAGCUGUAAUUAUUAAUUAGUAGAAUCAUAAAUUUUUUCAUCCUUUUGUCCAUUUUAAUAACAUUCUUUGCAGUGUUGUGAAUCAUCAUGAUGCUUUGCAAACUUGAAGAAGCUUUGCUCUUAAUUUCAUCCCUCCAUAACUUCUAUUUUCAUUCCUACCUGGAAAAAUGUUUCCACGUGUUGUCUAGGAGCAUCUUCUUUGAGGACAGGAUAUGUGCAUUUACCCAUCAUAUCAUAUAUUGCUUUCAUUAUAUCAAGCAUUUCCUGGAAAGUAAAGGGCACUCACAUGAGGCUUCAUGUAAUGUGUGAAGAAACUACGCCAAGAAGCUUUAAGAGAUUUUUCCCACUCAAUUUCAGAUGUUCAGUUUUUCAUUGAUUCUUUUUAGGCGCUUUUCGGUUGUGCCAGAGAAAAAGCCAACAGCAUUAUGUAUUAAAUGCAGCAGAAUCACAGUAAUAUAGCUACCGAUUCUCAUCUUGGUUUCAAAAUGAAGCAAAUUUUCAUCUCUCUGACAUAGGAAAGGAAUAUUCUGGUUUAUCAAAUAUUUGGGUCACAAUAGACCAGACAGAUUACCUUUGUUUCAUUGAGUUAUUAUCUUAUAUAUUGAAUUAUCAAUUUCUAUUUAGUAAUAAUAAAAUAAUCUCCACACCAUGGGAUUUAUACCAAAGCUUGUUGAAGUUCUGGUAAGUUAGAGCUCAUGAGAAUUUUGAUUGCCAUUUUCCAUCUAUGGUUUUAACCCAAGAACUCAUGCAUGUAGACUGGCCAGGAGAGUUUAACCCUUCUGUUGAGCACCUUGACAUUUCAUUAUUAUUAUGUUUUGGUAAAACAAAAUCUAGUUUUUUUCCUUGUCAUUUUCCUUCUUAUGAGAGUAAAGAAAAAUAUAAGUAUCUGGUUACUUAGACCUGCAGAUAUAUUGUUUCAUAGUUGUUUCCUUCAUAUUAAUGUUUCCUAUAUAAAAAGCCUCUGAAUUAGGUUGAUAAUACAGUUGAAACAUACAUUUUCUUUUGAGAAUAUUCUAUUUUAAAUGGUAAGUUGAUGUUUUAAGGAUAGAUAAGUAAUGAGAAAUUUGUUAGACAUAGGGCAGAAUUCAUGGAAUGUGUUACAUAUAACAUAAGUAGUAAGUAGAGUAUGUUUAUGUUAAACAUAGAAAGGGAAAUAAAGGGAUGGAAGUAUCAAAAGUUACCUAAUAUUCCGGAGGCACUUGGAUAGUAAAUGUUCCUCACAUACUAAAUAUACAAGAGGCACUGAAUAUUCAGGAUAUGCUAAAUAUACACAAGUGUUUAAUAUUCAUGAGGUCUUAAAUCUGCCAACUAUUGGUGACAUUCAUUCUGGCCUGAUGAGCCCUCUGGUAAAUAAACAAAACCCAUGGCUAUUAAUCAGGUAAUUGCCAAGCUAUAGCCAUAACCAGACAUGCUUGCCCACUGUGUCUCUCUGAUAGAGCAAGUGUAUGCCAUUGGUACAGGACUUCUUUUGUCUGGGAUCCGUUGCCCAAAACUGAAUUCUGGGGAAGCCUGGUGAGGCAGAGAGAAAGACCAGGACAUGAACAUCGGGUACCUCAGGUAGUGUGUCCUUCAGUCCUGCUUGCACCCUAUCCGAAGUGUGUCAACUUAUCCCAUCUCUUUCCUCUUGCUUCUUGUUCUGUUUUAAAUUGGUUUAAUAAACCAUG